ACAUCAGCUGUUGUUGCCAAGAUGGCGCAUAGCCUGACAGAUUUGCAGGUCCCCUUGGACGCUGAAACGGCUGGGGACCACGGGAAAGGUGCUUUAAGGCGUUGCAGGGGACGGCCCAGACUUACAGACUCUGACCGAGCCCAGCGACGCCUUGAAUCCCGAAAGAAGUACGAUAUUCGGAGGGUUUACCUGGGAGAGGCGCACAAGCUUUGGAGUGAGCUCCGGAGGCGCACAAGUCUGAGUGAUGCUGGACUUGCAGAGUAUUUAAUUCUGCUUCAUUCCACAUUUGGAGAGAAAUAUCAACAGAAACACUCACGGAAAAACACUGCAAGUGAGGAGUCUGUAAACCAGGGAAAAGUAAAGAAAGAGCGUGAGUCAAGCCUCCAUACCCUGGUGUGUUGGUACCAGGAACACUUGCGUUCCUGCCCCCAUGAGCCCCAGCUCAUAGCUUUGGAGCCCCAGCCUAACUUCUCCACGGCUGCCAUCUGGCAAUGUGACUCCGACCAUUCAUUUGUGCAACAACUUUUCUCCCCGCUGAGAGAGACAAGUGACUCGGAGGGGGAGGAGAGAGAGCAUGGAGAUGAUUGUGACAGCGCUGCAAAAAAAGACUCACUGGUGCCUAAGAGAUUAGUCGGUCGGGGAAGAAAAACAAACAAAGAUUUAGAAGAAACUCCGGUUGUUUCUGAGGUUCAACACAUAACCACAAAUAACAUAGAACAGACUGAAGAUCAAUCACACCAUGCCAGUAUGGAAACCUCCUCCAAUGACCUCCCGCUGACAGAACCGCAAGUGUGGGAGAUGGAGAUGGUACUGGAGCGACCCCAAGGCUCCCCUGAAGCAAUGUUUCACUCCCUUGCCUCAGAAGAGGAAGCUGACGAUGUGAGGCAAAGCCGAGAUGAAGGCGCAAAUGAGCAACUUGGAGAAGAGGAGCACAUCGGAUGUGGUUAUGAGUGUGUCACUAUGGCAACGUCCUUUGUUGAUAAAUUGGGAAAGCCGGAUGAAGACUUGAGUGACUCGGCCCGGUCACCUUCCCGGCCAGAGCUUUUGGCCCCACCUGCCGUAGAAGCAGAGGAGCACAGGGGUGAACUUUUUGACCCUCACACUUUGGAGACGGUGGUGACGAGUUGUGACCAGCAGACUGCUUUAGAAGGCUCACAGCUAAUUAUCAUAACCGGCCCCAGCUACGAGGCUCUUUCAUCAGAGGGCAUUCAGCUCAACAUGGGUGCUGGAAAUGUGGAGGAAGUCACUUGCACCGUCCUCAGCGGGGUCACCUACAACCAAGCUUGCGAGUCUGCAUCAAAAACUCCAGCAGUGUGCGAUGACGUCUCCAUGACAGGACUGAGCGACAAGCAGCUGCUGCAGCCAGCUGUUGACUCUCUGGAGCUAAGUAGCGACCGUGAGCUGCAACGGAGUCUUAGUCGGUCAAAGAGAAACAGGCGCGGCCCAGUUAUUGAGGCUGAUGGGAUGCUAAAGAUGUUCCAUUGUCCAUACGAGGGUUGCAGUCAAGUCUAUGUAGCCAUAAGCAGCUUCCAGAAUCAUGUCAACCUAGUUCACAGGAAAGGCAGGACCAAGGUUUGCCCACAUCCAGGCUGUGGAAAGAAAUUCUACCUGUCUAACCACCUGCAUCGCCACAUGAUCAUCCAUUCAGGAGUCAGAGAUUUCAUAUGUGAGACAUGUGGAAAGUCAUUUAAGCGUAAGAACCACCUGGAAGUUCACAGGCGGACUCACACAGGAGAAACACCUUUACAAUGUGAAAUCUGCGGCUAUCAAUGUCGUCAGCGUGCGUCCCUAAACUGGCACAUGAAGAAACACACCCCAGAAGCCCACUACAACUACACGUGCGAGUUCUGCAGCAAGCGCUUCGAGAAACUGGACAGUGUUAAAUUCCACAAGCUGAAGAGCCACCCAGAAAAACUGUCCUCCUGAGGGGGUUCGGGCUAUGGCUGAAAAGGAACUGAGGUACCAGAGGAAGACUCUUGAUGAAUAUUAGUUGUGUUUUUCAAAACAACAACAAAGGUCUGAUUAACUGCUGUGCAGGACACAGCCUGUUGUAAUUCAUGGAUGUUUAAAAAAAAAAUGUACUAAACUCCAUAUUAUUGUUAAUGAAAAAAAAUACACUUUCAGUUUUACCAGAGGACAUCUCAUGUUGUGUCCUUCAAUGUUUUUUUUUUUUCAUUCAACCAUGAUUAUAGCAUUAUUGUUACAAGCAUGUGUGUAUUGCCAGAGCAGACAGUAGCAUGAGCGGUGUAGCUUUAAGCACCAAGGCAUUGUUUUGGUAAAUAUUCAAAAUAUUCAAGUCUGCAAGAAUAUAAUCCAGAUAAAUGUAAUCCAGAUGUUGCAGGUCGCCAUCUUUGCACAUAGUUUUAUUAUGAAGGCUGAUUACAACCAAAAUAAGAAUUGUUGUGUAGUUUGUGAAUAUUAAGCUAGCAGCAUAUCUGUGUUAUUUAAACUGUGAAAAUGACAAGAUUGAGGUUGUAAUUUAAGAUGACGUAUUACUGUUACUGACACUGAACAAAGGCGUGUGUGUGUGCGCGAAUCUUCCAUUUACUAUCGAUUUACUUACACUUCCAGUCAAGUGAAUAUUAUAUGACAAUUUCUCAGGAAAAUUCUCUGUCCGACUGUGUCACGUUAUAUUGUUUGUGUGUUAUUUUCUAAGCACUUUUUCUUCCUUGUCAGUCCUUUCAACUGAUGAAUCAUUAAAAUAUGUGGCCUCUAUUCACACCGUACUAUUAUUUAACUAAAUGUCAUUUGCAGUGUGCAGCAUGCCUCUUACAUAAAGCACUUGCAGGUGUUUGUGUCGAGUGUGGGUGUGCACAGGACACAUUAGUGUCAUGGCACAGUCAUGACCGAUACUCAACCUUUCACUCUCUGUCAUUUAAACUGGGGAAUAUUUAGGGAAAUAUACAUACAUGUGACUGUAAAUGACUAUUUAGAAGAUUAGAUUAGGGUUUGGAGAUAUGCGUUAUUUACUUUGUGGAUGUAUUACCUGCU